CUGUCGUUCGCUAUAAUCUCAUAGUAAAUCUCAAGUUCUCCGCUAGAUGGCCACGCGCUCUUUACGGAUCUCGUACUGCUGUACUCUGUAGUUUCCACCUCGUAGGCGUCGUUGUUGGAGUUGGACUGUCGGAAAGAGAAAACGAAGCAUUUUGUCAUUAGAAAAAAUGGCGGAAGGCAGGUCACGUCGCGUCCCAGCCGCACAGAAUGAAGAUUUGUCGAAUGUUGAGUUUGAAACCAGCGAAGAUGUCGAAGUCAUCCCGACUUUCGACAAUAUGGGGCUCAGGGAUGAACUUCUUCGAGGAAUCUACGCUUACGGUUUUGAGAAGCCAUCAGCUAUUCAACAACGUUCUAUCAAACCCAUAAUGAAGGGCAGGGACGUUAUUGCACAAGCACAGUCUGGUACUGGUAAAACAGCAACAUUCUCAAUUGCGAUUUUGCAAUCUCUUGACACACAGUUGCGUGAAACACAAGUUUUGGUUCUUUCACCUACGAGAGAAUUGGCCACACAAAUACAGAAAGUUAUUCUAGCUUUGGGAGAUUUCAUGAAUGUUCAAUGCCAUGCCUGCAUUGGUGGUACAAAUUUGGGCGAAGAUAUUAGAAAACUUGAUUACGGACAACACGUUGUUUCAGGAACUCCUGGAAGGGUAUUUGACAUGAUCAAAAGAAGAGUAUUACGUACAAGAGCAAUCAAGAUGUUAGUUCUUGAUGAGUCUGAUGAAAUGUUAAACAAAGGUUUUAAGGAACAAAUUUAUGAUGUCUACAGAUACCUUCCACCGGCAACUCAAGUUGUAUUAGUAUCAGCUACAUUACCUCAUGAAAUUCUAGAAAUGACUAGUAAAUUUAUGACAGACCCUAUUCGAAUUCUCGUAAAACGUGAUGAGUUGACUUUAGAAGGAAUUAAACAAUUUUUCGUUGCUGUAGAACGUGAAGAAUGGAAAUUCGAUACACUUUGUGACUUAUAUGAUACACUCACAAUCACCCAAGCAGUUAUAUUCUGCAACACAAAACGUAAGGUUGAUUGGUUGGCAGAAAAAAUGAGGGAAUCCAAUUUCACAGUAUGUUCGAUGCAUGGUGACAUGCCACAGAAAGAAAGAGAUAAUAUCAUGAAGGAAUUCAGAUCCGGUCAAAGCCGAGUAUUAAUCACGACAGAUGUAUGGGCUAGGGGAAUCGACGUACAACAAGUAUCUCUUGUUAUAAAUUACGAUUUACCAAACAACCGUGAGUUGUACAUUCAUAGAAUAGGCCGUUCAGGUCGUUUCGGGCGUAAGGGUGUUUCCAUCAACUUUGUAAAGAAUGACGACAUUAGAAUUCUUAGAGAUAUUGAACAAUAUUAUUCUACGCAAAUAGACGAAAUGCCUAUGAACGUGGCUGAUUUAAUUUAAAACUUUUAUUUUAUUUCAUUGAAUUAAUUGCGUUUAGAAAUUAAUUAUAAUUAUAGUAAAAUGUGGAUAAGAGAUAAUUCUGCAAUUAUUUUCUAAAAAUAGACUAUAAAUGUAUAAUAAAGUCGUACAUUCAUUGUAUGCAAACCAUUAACGGAUUGCUAGAGCAAUAGAGUUACAUAUAAAAUUAAAUUAUAUUUAUCAUUGACUUUCUAUAAAUGAUAAAACUUAAAAUUUUCUUGUAAAAUAACACAUUGUCAAUAAAAAAUCUUAACAUUCAU